GAAUGCUUAGAAUGCAUAGGAAGUAAUUCUGGUUUGGGCCGUGUAAAUGUAGGAAAGCUCUGUCAACUAUUGGUCAUCGACCAAAUGUCAAAUGUCAACAAAUAGCUGUGCUACAUAUUGGCUAAAAUAGUAACUUUGUAUUUCCGCAAAUUUAUUGUCGUAGUCAAGGCUUGUUUCUUGGACGUGAAGAUAUUAGUCAGGAAAUUGUAAGGGCAUGGAGGAUAUUCCAUUGCGAGUUUCCAUGGAAGAUAGAACUUUUGAUCAUGAUGAGAGUGAUUAUCUUUUAAGCGCUACAGAAGAAGCGAACGUAGCAUUUAGAAGAGGUCGCAGACGAAAAAGAAACACUGGAAUGGAAAGUUACUUCAACAAGCUCUAUCGUUGCUGCCACAGGGCAAAAGAGCUAAAUUCACGAACUGUAUGGAUUGGUCAUCAUUCCCAGCAGACUAAGGAUGUUGCUGAGUACUAUCCACCAAAUGGAAUUCGUAACCAAAAAUAUAACUUUUUCACUUUUCUUCCAAUGGUCUUGUUUCAGCAGUUCAAAUUCUUUCUAAACCUUUAUUUCCUCAUAAUGGCCAUAAGCCAAUUCAUCCCAGAAAUUAGAAUAGGAUAUCUUUACACAUAUUGGGGACCAUUGUGUUUUGUACUGUUGGUAACAACAAUUAGAGAAGCCAUUGAUGAUUUUCGCCGAGCUCAACGUGAUAAAGAAAUCAACUGUCGUCUGUAUAAAAAACUCGUGUCGUCAGGUUUCGAACUUAUUCCGAGCUCGAAAAUUAAAGUUGGCGAUCUUAUUUUUAUUGAUAAAGAUGAAAGAGUUCCUGCUGACAUGGUUCUCUUAAGAACUACGGAAAAGUCUGGAUCAUGUUUCAUUCGAACGGAUCAAUUGGAUGGCGAAACAGAUUGGAAAUUGCGAUUGGCCGUGACAGACACACAGAAGUUGGCGUUUGAUACUGAUUUAUUCCAGCUAAACGCUUCCGUUUUCGCUGAAAAGCCUCAAAGAGAUAUUCACACUUUUAUUGGAACUUUCAAAAGGAAUGAUGACCCACCCGUAGAAGAUUCCUUGAACAUUGAAAACACUUUAUGGGCCAACACUGUUGUGGCGUCAGGGACAGCCUUAGGACUAGUUGUAUAUACAGGAAAGGAAACGAGAAGUUCCAUGAACAAUUCACAGCCCAGGAGUAAGGUUGGAUUGUUAGAUCUUGAAGUAAACCAGUUAACUAAGAUUUUGUUUCUUGCCGUUGUCGGACUUGCACUGCUCAUGAUGUGCUUGAAAGGAUUCCAAGGCCCCUGGUAUCGAUACCUCUUCCGUUUCGUUUUACUUUUUUCUUACAUUAUUCCGAUUAGCUUACGCGUAAAUUUAGAUAUGGGCAAAGCGUUCUAUUCAUGGUCAAUCAUGAAGGACAAAGAAAUUCCUGGAACCGUUGUACGCUCAACGACCAUACCGGAGGAAUUGGGACGAAUUUCGUAUCUUCUUUCAGACAAAACUGGAACUUUAACAGAAAAUGAGAUGGUAUUUAGGAAAUUACAUUUGGGGACGACCGCGUAUGGCACCGAAACGUUUGAUGAAAUUCGCACUCUUCUAGGCCAGGCAUUUAGCCAUACCAGUAGUUCUACAACUAUAACACCUGGGCAACCAAGCAGUGGGAAAAUGCGCAGGACAGCGAUAACGCGAAUUGUUGAAGCGGCGAAAGCUAUUGGGCUCUGUCACAAUGUUACACCUAUUGUUGACGGAAAUCAAUUCGUACGUGUUACUAGAUUUAGUUUGUAUCAUGUUUCGUUGUUCAAUUAUUCAUUCUGGCUGCAGAUUGACAGUAAAAUCAACUAUCAAGCCUCUAGCCCGGACGAAAUAGCACUCGUAUCGUGGACAGAAAGUGUGGGCCUUACGCUCAUGGAACGCAACACGACGACCAUGACUCUGAGAAACCCACAUGGUACACUGAUGAACUUUACUGUAUUGCAGAUAUUCCCCUUCACGUCUGAAACUAAACGCAUGGGCAUCAUCGUCAGAGACGAACAAUCUGGCGAAAUAAUUUUUUACAUGAAAGGUGCCGAUACAGUAAUGAACCGCAUUGUAUUGUACAAUGACUGGCUCGAAGAGGAGUGCGGAAAUAUGGCAAGGGAAGGAUUGAGAACUUUGGUUGUGGCUAAACGUCCAUUGACAGACGAACAGUAUUCAGAGUUUGAUACUCGGUAUCAGGCAGCUAAACUAGCAUUGACGGAUCGGGCUGCCCGCGUUGCAGCCGUUGUUGAAAGUCUAGAACGUGAUAUGGAAUUGUUAGCCGUAACUGGGGUCGAAGAUCGUUUACAACAAAAUGUGAAGCCAUCGCUUGAGCUUUUGCGAAAUGCAGGAAUUCGAAUCUGGAUGCUGACUGGUGACAAAUUAGAGACUGCCAUUUGCAUUGCGCAGAGUUCGCGCCUUGUCCCUCGUUCCCAAAGUAUUCAUGUCUUUGGUAACGUAACGUCGCGUACAGACACUCAUCAAGAACUGAAUGCCUACCGUCGUAAAACCGAUUCCGCCCUCAUUAUUCGAGGUGAAUCGCUAGAGUUUUGUUUACAAUUUUACGAGCACGAAUUCAUGGAACUGGCUUGUGCUGCUCCAGCUGUUGUCUGUUGCCGUUGCACUCCGACUCAAAAGGCCUCAGUUGUGCGUUUAAUUCAGGAACACACGGGGAAGCGCACGGCGGCUGUCGGUGAUGGUGGCAACGACGUCUCCAUGAUUCAAGCGGCUGACACUGGCAUUGGAAUUGUAGGAAAAGAGGGCAAACAGGCUUCUUUAGCUGCAGAUUUUUCGAUUCCACAAUUUAGCCAUAUAGUUCGCCUCUUGUUGGUGCAUGGUCGGAGAUCGUACAAACGUUCAGCUGCUCUAGCCCAGUUUGUUAUCCAUCGUGGAUUAAUCAUAUCUACAAUGCAGGCUGUCUUUUCUUCAGUAUUUUAUUUCGCGUCCGUAUCCCUCUAUCAAGGCUUCUUAAUGGUUGGUUAUGCCACGGUUUACACUAUGAUUCCUGUUUUUUCGCUUGUUCUGGACAAAGACGUAUCCUCGAAAAUUGCCAUGACUUACCCGGAGUUGUACAAAGAACUAGCCAAAGGAAGAUCUUUAACAUAUAAAACAUUCUUCCUAUGGGUCUUGAUCUCCAUUUACCAAGGCGGUGUCAUCAUGUACGGAGCUCUGUUAUUGUUUGACGAUGAGUUCAUUCAUAUUGUUGCCAUCAGCUUUUCAGCUUUAAUCCUCACUGAGCUCCUCAUGGUCACCCUAACAGCAAGAAAAUGGCAUGUAAUCAUGAUCCUCGGAGAACUUGUGUCACUUGCUCUCUACGUAGCUUCACUUGCAUUGUUUCACGAAUUCUUCGAUUCACAGUUUAUCCAAACAGCCGAUUUUGUGUGGAAAGUGUGUGUUAUCACCGUGAUAUCCUGCUUGCCACUGUAUAUCUUAAAGUGUCUACAUAAGAAGUUCUCGCCUCCCAGCUAUUCGAAAUUAACCUAGUCAGAUGCGGUGCCUUUUCUUUUUUCAAUCCUGCCUACUACCCUGGUCUUGUUGUCCUCGAACGUUUUUUAAGAGGGGACAUUAAUAUACGCUGGACGAAUACAAACCCAUGCACCAGUC